AUGGGACUUUUAGAUGACAUUCCAUCCUCCGAGAAGGUCCGAAAAUCCAAACUCACUUGUAAACAACUUUCAUGUCGCAUCACGCUAUGUCUCUCCAUUUCUUGCGCCAUCUUGUGUGCUGUCAUUGCAGCUCUCAUUAUCAUUGCAUGGUUUUCGGUAGGCUCCGUCUUGUGGAAUAUGGCCUUCGGAGUUGAUCUUGCGUAUGAUUGUGAUGAAUUUCGAGCAAAUUCUCCUUCGAAUUUUACAAUUAAUUAUCGAUGUCCUCCGUUGGUUGAGCCCGUUUCGCAAUGGGAAACGAGAUUGGCUCCGUUCUUUGUGAAUCCAAAGAAUGUGGAAAUUGUGCAUUUUCCGAGUAGAACUCCUGGUUGGGUGAGCGGAUUUGGUCCAGCAAAUAUUACUGCCACUCUCAUGAAACAUGACUUGAUCAAUUCCACUUCCAAAUUUAUCAUUACCAUUCAUGGUUAUAAAGUGUGUAGAUAUCGAUCUGAAUCCAUGCUUCCAAGUACAAUGCUCUAUCAUAUGGGAUACAAUAUUUUACAGGUUGAUUUGAGAAAUCAUGGAGAUUCAGGAAUUUAUCAACAAUUACCCUAUGUCAGUUUUGGAAAUUUUGAACAUUUGGACAUUUUAGGAGGCAUGGAUUUUAUUUUCUCAAGAUAUUCAUUCCUUAACAAGACAGACAGUAUUGGAUUAUUUGGAACGUCAAUGGGAGGAGCCACAGCACUCGUUUCCUUCUCUCUCGAAAAGAACUUUAAGGUAGCCUUUGUCGACUCUCCACCCUGCGACGUGGUUCGAACACUUCAAAAAGCUGCCGAAGACAUUGCCGGAAAUGCCAUUUCAAGUGUGGCCAUGAAUGCCAUCAAAUCCAUGGUACCGGUCAAAGCUCCCGCCAUGGGUUUCCCUCCAUUUUAUAACGAUCCCUACCAGUUAUUAACGAACGUGGAUUUGAGCGGCAAUCGAAAAUUAUUCUUUUUACAUAUUGAGGAUGAUUCCAUUGUUCCGACUGUGAAUCAUUACAUUUGUUUGAAUGCGACAAAAUUAUCGAUUGAGAAGAAUCAAUAUUCUGCGAAUAGUGUCGAGUCGUAUUUGGGAACGAUUGAAUUUCCGUAUGAUAUCAAGAAUCGAACACGAACGUAUUGUAACAAACACUUGUCGUACAUGUUUGUGCAUUUGGAUGAGUUUAGAAAUAUGUUGUAUAAUUUCUUUAAGGUCAAUCUUUAA